AGUUCAGAUUGGAGCCCAGUUGCCGAAGAUGAUAGAAUAGAUUCAAAGCACUGUUUGAAGACCCGGACCGACCCGGACGGUCGGACCGUCGCCCGUUGAAGAAAGCGGGUUAGGUCAACUAAUUAACCCGUAUGAGCAAUUGACCCGGGUUGGCUCGUCUGGAACCGGAUGGGUUUUAUAAACCCGGAAAAGAACCGGAACCCGGAACGGUUUGAAUGGGUCAGAAGCGGGUCAAAGGAGGGGCAAAAUUGGAAUUUUAAAAAUUAAAAAAAAACCCUUAUCUAUCAGUAUCUCUCGGAUUUCACUUUCAGAGUUUCAGGUUCAGAUUUCAGAUUCAGCCGGUACAGCUCGGUCUUCAGAUUUCACUCCCUACAGUCACGCCACCUCGCCCGCUCGCCGUCGCAGCUAGACUCAGAAGUUAGAAAGAAAUCAGGCAUCAGCGUAUCACGGUCUCGGUCUCGGUCUCGAUCUCUGUCUCAGUCUUCUCUUCUCUGUUCUCUCUCUAUCUCGCACGGUGGCCGGUGGGUUCUGUCGUUCUGGUCAGUCAUCGGCUCAUCGCACAUCGCCUCCUCAAAUCUCGGCCGUCUGGGUUCCGUUUCUGUGGGUCUCUUCUCUAUUCUCUCUCUGUGCAUUCACACCGAGACAGUCGGACUCUUCCCUCUCUGUGCAUUCACGCCAUUUCUGUGCAUUCACCGUCUUCGUCUUCUUUGUCUUCUUCACAGUCAGACUUUUCCCUCACUGUGCAUUCACACCGAGACAGUCAGAUACUCAACAUCCUUCAUUCUUCAUCUUCUUCAUUGAUCGUUGAUCGCUCUCUCUUUCUCUCUCUCAGUCCUGGUGUAGAAAAUGUCGUCAUCUGAUCAUGCAUCUACUGCUGCAUCUACUCAAUCUGUUAGAGCUAAAUCAGAUCCUACAUGGGAGCAUUGCACUCAAAUACCAAACGAAAAAGAAGGUGGCAAACCUCGCUUAAAAUGCUUGUAUUGUGCAAAGGAAUUUGCUGGUGGGGGAAUUAAUAGAAUGAAACAGCACCUUGCUGGGAAAAGAGGAGAUGCCAUUAGUUGUAAAAAUGUGCCUCAUGAUAUUCGCUUUCGAUUGGAGGAAAAUUUGAAAGAGAUUGAGGGAAAGAGAACAAAAAAACAAGAUAACCCAACAGAAACAGAGGAUAGUCUAUUUGGGGGGAAUGAUUCAAAUAUGGAAGAAAUGGCUCCUCUACAAUCUCAAGAAAGGGUGAUUGAAGCAAAUGUUCCAAGUUCUUCUCAAUCAAGAAAAAGGAAGGCAUCUGAAUCUUUAGAGAAGUUCUUUGCCCCAAGGACAACCCCGGGUGCACAACCAGGAAUAAGAAGUGCAUUUGCAGGUAAAGAAGCUUUGCAUAGAGCUGAUUUAGCUAUUGGUAGGUGGUUAUAUGAUUGUUGUAUUCCAAUAAAUGCUGUGAAUUCCAUUUACUACCAACCUAUGGUAAAUGCUAUUGCUGCUAUUGGUCCUGGUUAUAAAGCCCCAAAUUAUCAUGCUGUGAGAAGUAAAAUAUUGCAAGACAUGAAGAAGGAGGUUCAGUUACUAGUUGAUGAAUGCAGAAGUUUUUGGGCUGAAACUGGUUGUACUAUAAUGGCGGAUGGUUGGCAAGAUCAAAGAAAUAGGCAGUUGAUUAAUUUUCUUAUUUAUUGUCCUAGAGGAAUUGUUUUUAUUAAAUCUGUAGAUGCUUCAGAUAUAGUUAAGGAUGCUCAAAAUCUUUGCAAUUUAUUCAUGGACAUGGUUGCAUUUGCUGGUGCAAAUAAUAUUGUUCAUCUAGUAACUGAUAAUGCAGCUAAUUAUAAAGCUGCUGGGAGAUUAUUAAAUGACAAGUACCCUUCUAUUUUCUGGUCUCCUUGUGCUGCCCAUUGCUUAAAUUUGAUUUUGGCAGACAUAGGCAAGAUGGAGAUUGUUACUAGUUUAGCAGCACGUGCAUCUGUGGUUUCAAAAUUCAUAUAUAACCAUGCAUUUUUGCUAGCUUGGUUGAGGAAAAGAGAGGGUUGGGUAGAAAUUAUUCGCCCAGGGGCCACACGGUUUGCCACUACUUUCAUUGCUUUGAAGAGUAUCUAUGAGCACAAGCAUGAUAUACAAGCCUUGAUAACUAGUAAGGCAUUUAUGGACUCUAGAUACUCUAAGGAUCGAAAGGCUAAGGAUGUCACAAUGAUUGUGUUGGACAACAAAUUUUGGAAUGACUGUAAAAUUGUUGUUGAAAUUGUAAAACCACUCAUCCGAUUGUUGAGAAUUGUUGAUUCUGAUGAUAGGCCAUCACUUGGGUAUGUCUAUGAUGGUAUGUAUAGGGCAAGGAAAGCUAUAAAGAGUACUUUUUUGAAGAAAAAAUAUUUGUACAAGCCCUACACAAGGAUUAUUAAGAGAAGGUGGGAUUCUCAACUCCGACAAAAUCUUCAUGUAGCUGCUUAUGUCUUUAAUCCUGCCUUUCUUUAUGAUAAAGAAAACUUUUCUCAAAAGCCAGAGGUUAUGCAAGGAUAUCUUACUGUUAUAGAUAAGAAAGUCUCUUCUAAUAAGACCAAGUUCUUGCAAGAAGGCACACAAUAUCAGGAAAAGAGUGGUAGCUUCAGUCAUCCAUUGGCUAUUGAAUCUGUAAAAUCAAUGCGACCUGAUGAAUGGUGGCGAUAUUUUGGAAGUAGUUGUCCAAAUGUUAAAAACUUAGCCAUUAAAUUGUUAAGUCAAACUGCAUCUUCAUCAGGUUGUGAAAGGAAUUGGAGUGUCUUUGAAAGAAUACACUCCAAGAAAAGGAAUAGAUUAGAGCAUCAAAGGUUGAAUGAUCUUGUAUAUGUUCAUUACAAUUUUCGCUUAAAGAAUAGAGUUGCUAACAAGAGAAAAGCAACUGAUCCUGUUGAUUUUGAAAGUAUUGAUAAAAUUGAGUAUUGGGUAAUGGAAGAAGAUGAUCCUUCUUUACUUCAUGCUGAUGAGAUAGAAGGAGAUCUCCUUUAUGAUGAGCAAACACUACCAAGAGCUAUUAUUUCGUAGCAGGAAGAGGAAGGUUUGAAUUUGAAUUUUCUUGAGAGCUUUAUUACAUGCUGUCACUUUUAUUAUAUUGCUCCUAAUAAUGCUUUAAUCUGGUUUGAUUACUUUGAUGUAUUUGUUUAUGAAGAUGAUCAACAAAGAGUGAAUGUGGCAGAGGGUGAAGGGAUUGAUUUAGGAUCAUUUGGUCAGGAAGAUGAUGAUAGUUACAACUCAGAUGCUGAUGCUUUCGAGCCUAACCAUGCCUGGAUUAAUCAAGUGGAUUGACAAAGAUCUGCCAAUAUCUUUGGCAAGUAAUGAAAUUAUUAGUUAUCUUAUAAUGUUUGGCUUGUGGAUUAUAGAUUGUUGUACUUGUGAACUUGUUGCAUCAUGUUAAUGACUUGACCAGAACAUAUUAUGGUGUUUUUGUUGUAUUAAUGACUUAGGUGUUUUGAAA